AUGAUCCAUCCCGUCUUUCCCAUCGUCUCUAAGAGGACCUUGUACCAACAGAUAUCCUCUCAAGGGUAUCACUCUCUUGACAUCAUACUACUCCUUCAAUGCAUGGAAAUCUUGCUACCCAAUAGGGAUGAAGCUGUCAUCGAUCAUCGAGCGCAAUAUCGCAAAGCAAAACAAUGCCUACAUCUCGUAGAAGACCAAGGCAUCAUUUCAAUGCGUGUUCUCCAGGCAACUUUGCUAUUAUCCUUAUAUGAAGCAGGCCACGCCAUAUUCCCGGCUGCAUUUCUAUCGAUUGGUCAUUGCGCUCGAAUAGGCCACGCCAUUGGAAUUCACGACCGGCGCGGUGUUUCACAGAUGUUUCCAUCAACAAUGUCUUGGACUGCAACCGAGGAGAUACGCCGCACGUGGUGGGGUGUAAUAAUUCUAGACCGAUUUAUCAAUAUUGGCCUUCCAGAUAGGCCGUUCGCCUCUAUCGACGCAUGCCCUGAAGACCUUCUACCCAUGGAUGAAAUAUUAUGGGAUCUUGGUGAGCAAACGGUCGUUCCGUCGCUGGCUGUUUCUAGCAGCACCGACUUGCCUGCACCCCCUUUUGCCAGAUCAUGUCAAGCAGCACAUUUGCUUUCCAGAGUCCUAUCCCAUAUUGGCACAAGCCAGAGCACAAGAAGCCCAGAACAGUAUUACUCUGAGGCGCUUCAGCUUCAUGGAAUCCUCUCCUCUUUCAAACUGGCACUAGACCAAGAAGUGAAGAGGGAGGAGCCUCAUGCGUUCCUUGUCUAUUCACCUGCUCAGGGACUUUGCUUCAGUGCUAUUAUUGCAUUAUGUGACAACUACACCUGCGCUGACUUGGAUGACCUGUCGGGUGUUGGCACCCCAGAGCAGCUGAAGAUGCAAGAGACAGCCCUCAAUACCUUGCAUGAGAUUGGAGCAUCAGCUUGGCAAUUUGCUUCGCAUUUGGUCAAUCUCCUUGAGCCACAAGGGAGUCAAAUCACCAUCAGUCCCUUCGCGGCCCAAUGCCUCUAUGCCGCUGCCACUCAAUACCAGUGGUAUAUUGAGGAGACUGGAAAAGUUGAGCUGAAGGCGGCAGUCGACUUACUGAAGCAUGCAUUGGGAUUGAUUGGACGGUCUUGGAAAGUUGGAGAGAAAUAUUGCAAGAUUCUUGAGGGGGAGAGGGUGUAA